AAGAUGGAAAACCACACCAGGAUAAGUGAGUUCCUUUUGGUGGGGUUCAAAUCCCACCCAGGAUCCCAAGUCCUUCUCUCAGUUCUCUUCUCCACAAUGUACUUUGUCACUGUGGUGGGAAACAUCUGCAUGAUCCUCAUCAUCAGGACGGAGCCCAAGCUGCACACCCCAAUGUACUUCUUCCUGGGGAACCUGUCCACCUUGGACCUUUGCUAUUCCUCUGUCAUCACUCCCAGGGCAGCCCUGGCAUUCUUGCUGGGCAGAAGGAGCAUUUCCUACGCUGGCUGUGCUUCGCAAAUGUUCUUCUUCUCUCUCUUUGGCACAACAGAAGCUUUUUUCCUGGCUGUGAUGGCCUAUGAUCGCUUCACUGCCAUCUGCAGCCCGCUGCUCUACCAGGUGGUCAUGAGCAGAAGGCUUUGUGUGCUCAUGGUGGUGGGCUCCUAUCUGUCAGGCUGCAUCAACUGCACCAUCCAGACAGGCUUCACCUUCAGCCUGUCCUUCUGUGGGCACAGAGAAAUCAAGCACUUCUUCUGUGAAGUUGCUGCAGUGAUCCACACCUCCUGCUCCAACACCCUCGUCAACGAGCUCGUAAUGCUGGCUGUGUGUGGACCAAUAAUUGUGGGCACUGCCCUGGUGGUUUUUGUCUCCUAUGGUUAUAUCAUCGUCACAAUCAUCCAAAUGCCUUCAGCUGAAAGCAGGCACAAAGCCUUCUCCACCUGCUCUUCUCACAUGGUGACAAUCUGCUUGUUCUUUGGGACAGUGUUCUUCAUGUAUGCUCAGCCUGGAGCUGCAUCCUCAUCACCCAGCAAGAGCAACAUCAUCUCCAUCUUCUACACUGUUGUUAUUCCCAUGCUGAACCCCUUCAUUUACACCCUCAGAAACAGGGAGGUAAAAGGGGCUCUGAAAAAGCAGUUAAAAAGGAAAGGGUUUUUUAAGCACCUUUCCUGA